UUUACAUUAUUUGUGUCCUGAAAUACAACCGCCGCCGUCGUCGUCGUUGUUGGCGACGCGAGUCUUAUCAUUCUCAAAAGAGAAUGGCUGUAUAUUCGCGGCAGCGAGUAUCACGCAGCCUUCAGUAGGAUGAUGAUAGAGGGCCAGGUGCAUCAACAUCCGGUACGAGUGCCGCCCGACAAGUCGCAGCCGCUUCAGAAUGCCAAUACCAUCAAGUUCGAAAAUGAGCAAUGUAAGGAGCCCCUGCUUCCGGAGAAGCAGAACUCCCACAGGAUGACACCAACCGAUGGUCGUUCGCGGACCACCUCCGAGUCAAAGGAUACCACGACCACCGCCACCACUACCGUCAGCACCGCAACGACCACCAAUGGACAAGCGGCAGCUGCGAAUACCACCGGUGGACACACCACCGAUGACUGCCUUGAGGUAACGAUCUUUGACGAGGGCAUUGAUGGCGGCCGAUUGCCGGACGUCGUCGCCGAGAGCAAGAUCUACGGCGUGACCGAAGAGGAUGAGCCGCUCGAGUCGUACUUGGCAAUUACCAUCCAGGUCUUCAUACCCUUCCUAAUCGCCGGCCUGGGCAUGGUGGGUGCCGGAUUAGUCCUCGAUCUCGUCCAACACUGGGUAGUCUUCGAGAAAGUCAAUGAGCUCAUGAUUCUGGUACCGGCGCUUCUAGGGCUGAAAGGUAAUUUAGAAAUGACUCUGGCGUCGCGUCUUUCUACUCAAGCGAAUCUUGGACAUAUGGACAUGCCAAAGGAGCAAUGGCACAUGAUCAUAGGCAAUCUCGUUUUAAUACAAUGUCAAGCGAUAGUGGUGGGAUUUCUGGGUUCCGUGGUGGCGAUCGUGAUGGGUGCCUUCCGCAACGGAACGGUUUCCCUGGACCAUGCCUAUCUACUGUGCGCCAGCAGUUUGGUCACCGCGUCCCUCGCUUCCUUUGUUCUGGGCCUUAUUACCGCGGGCGUCAUCGUCUUUUCCCGUCAUUGCCAUAUCAAUCCGGACAAUGUGGCCACGCCGAUAGCCGCCAGUCUCGGCGACAUCACGUCGUUGGCUCUCCUCUCAUGGAUCGCCACCAUACUCUAUGAAUGCAUAGACAAGCAGGACUGGGUGGCACCUCUUGUCAUAGCCUGUUAUGUCCUUGUAACGCCGCUCUGGGUUUGGAUCGCCAAGAAAAACAAAUAUACCAACGAUGUGCUCUACUUCGGCUGGACACCAGUCAUGGUGGCCAUGUUAAUCAGCAGCUGCGGCGGUCUUAUAUUGGAGUUUAUGGUGUCGCGCUUCGAGAACCUGACAGUGUUCCAGCCAGUCAUCAACGGCGUCGGCGGGAACCUGGUAGCCGUUCAGGCCAGCAGAAUAUCAACGGCGCUUCACAAACAAGCCGAACUCGGCACACUUCUAAUCCCACCGGGCCACACGCACCCCGUCAUCUUCAUCACCCCAAUUGCCAAUUUUUUCGGGAAAGGUAUGCACGCUAGAACCACGAGAGUCCUGAUGACAAUGGUGAUACCGGGCCACGUCAUUUUCAUUUACCUGAUCAAUUACAUGAAGGACGGUAAUACAUCGAUGACUCCGCUCUUCGUCUUCGUUUACCUCUGCGCAGCGAUGCUGCAGGUCGCAGCUCUCCUCUACAUCGCCUACAUAAUGAUCCAUUGGAUGUGGAAGCGAAAGAUCGAUCCCGACAACUCGGCGAUUCCAUAUCUGACCGCGAUGGGUGAUUUACUCGGGAUUAGCCUGCUGGCGAUUGCCUUCCAAUUUCUGUACCUGGUCGGAGAUCAAGAUUUCGACGCGCCCUGACCGUAGAAGUCGCAAAUUAUAGCGUUCUUCGGCAGGCGGGACGCACAAGUUAGAACUGUCGGACCGAAAGGGCAUUCCUACGAGGCUGUGGUCGUCUGAAAGUAUAUUCCACCAAAUCUAAUCAUCGAUCUGCCAGUCCGCCGACGAGUCCCACGGACGGACGAUCGCAAUGGUAUUGCUUGGCAAAGUAUUAAUAAUUCACCACUUGUAUCCUGUGUUCGCCAAGAAUUAAUUAAAGAUUAGGUAUCUUGGGACUGGUUGUUUGCAUUUUGUGAAAACCGGUCAAAUUAUUUCCAUUAUCGAUGCAAACGUCUCUCAAUACUUAAUAAUUCAUAAUUUUUUUUACAAACGCAAAAUAUAAGUGGCCGAUCAUUCGUACCUUGUCAAGUCGAGCGGGCGCGUACUCAGGUUUCAAUUAGUUACUAAUAUAUCAGAAGAUAAUACGAAGUCGGUAGCACGUAGCAAAUUAAUUCGUCGACUAUCUAAAAAUUAUAUUUUAACAAAACGUGGAAUUUUUCUCAACAAUCCUAAUUCUGGAAUUCAAGCCUAAAGUUUGAGAAUUAAUUUCUUCUAGAAAAGCGAUAGAAGCAUUUAAUUAACGGCAAUAAUUUUCCUCGGCAUAUAUCUCUCGAGCGAGUAAAGCCUAAGAUUCGCUAGUCCCGAAACUUAAGGAUUUCAAGAUCCUAAGAGCAUAAUUCUCUUCACUGUAUUAUAAGUAAAAAAUUGAAGGUUGUCGUAUUUUCCAGUUAGAAAUAAUUUACGAAGUUACAUAUUAAAUUACAAUCGCGAGAAUUGCGAUAGCAAUUUAAUGUUAGGACUCCGUAAGUCCAGAGUUCGUUCAUCCUCGGACUCACAGCGAGAAUUCUGGCUCUUCCACGGAGCGCGCGCGCGUAAAUAAAAGCACGUGUAGUCGCAAUACCAACGCGUAUGUGUCUUCGAAUAGUUGCCUUCGUAUACGACGAAAUUUAGAUAGGUAUUUAGAAGCUGCCACACGACCUAUUUUUGGAAGCUUUGGAGAAGCUCUCGGAGAUUUUACUCAAAGCCCUUAAAAUAGCCCUGCCGCAUAAAGUCCUACUUUAGCUCUUACGAUGCGGUUUAAUAGGAAUUCGGUCUUCCUCGCGCAAAUAACUAAUUCUGAGAUUUUUUAAUCUUCUGAAUUGUUUAUCGAUAGUA